AUGCCUUUCACCAAGUUGGUCAAGAACAGUGCGUACUACAGCCGUUACCAGGUCAAGUACAAGCGCCGUCGUUCUGGUAAGACCGACUACUACGCCCGCAAGCGUCUCAUCACCCAGGCCAAGAACAAGUACAACGCCCCCAAGUACCGAUUGGUCAUCCGCUUCACCAACCGCGACAUCAUCGCUCAGAUCGUCACCUCCGAGAUUAAUGGCGACAAGGUCUUCUGCGCCGCCUACGGCCACGAACUGAAGCGCUACGGUGUCACCCACGGUCUCACCAACUGGGCUGCCGCAUACUGUGUCGGUCUCCUGCUCGCGCGCCGCACUCUCAGCAAGCUCAAGCUCGACGAGGCCUUCACCGGUGUCGAGGAGGCUGAUGGAGAGUACAAGAUCACCGAGGAGGAGGAGGUCGAUGGCGAGUCCCGCCGCCCGUUCAAGGCAUACCUCGACGUUGGUCUUACCCGCACCUCUACCGGUGCUCGUGUCUUCGGCGCCAUGAAGGGUGCGUCCGACGGUGGUCUUCACAUCCCUCACUCCGAGAAGCGUUUCCCCGGUUACGACAUUGAGAGCAAGGAGCUCGAUGCCGAGACCCUCCGCAAGUACAUUUUCGCUGGCCACGUCGCCGAAUACAUGGAGACCCUCGCCGAUGACGACGAAGAGCGAUACAAGUCGCAAUUCCAGGGAUACAUCGACGAUGAGAUCGAGGCCGACGGUCUUGAGGAGCUCUACACCGAUGCACACAAACAGAUCCGCGAGGACCCAUGGUUGAAGGCCGACGACGAAGAUGAGGGUGAGAAGAAGACCAAGGAGGAGUGGAAGGCCGAGAGCAAGAAAUACCGAUCGCAAAAGAGCACUCUCGAGGAGCGUCGGGAACGUGUUGCCAAGAAGAUCCAGGCCAUUGUUGCGGAGAAAUAG